CUGGCCUGUGACAAAGGGCACGGUACCGCUCUCCAUCCGUCCACCACGAUGGGCAAGACCAAGGCCUUCAUUGCAAAGCUUUUUGACCUCGAGGAGAGGCGACCCAGCUCACCAAAGCCUGUCGACAACGAGCCACCAGUCGAGGCUUUCAACAACCUCACCACUCACGAACCUCGGCUGUCGCCUGCACGGCCCAGCCAUGCAACGACGCACUCAUUCAUUGGCGGGUUCAAACCGCUACCGCGGCCUCCAGCAAUGCAGAUGCCCCAGCCGGCGGUGUCUCUUACCAUGCGGCAUGCCUUGAAUCUACCAGAGGAUCCUCCGAGGGCCCAUUCAGCUCCAGAAAUUCCCCGGCGACAGUAUGCUGUGCCUUCAUCGACCCCCGGUUCGCCCUCGCCCUCAGCGCGAACCUCAGCGUCAGCUGCAGGGUCAAAAACGGGGCGACCACGCGCGUCGUCAACGCCUCCCGAUCCAAACGCGCCUCCAGAUACCCAAUGUUCGGGUGUCACAAAGGCGGGAAGGCGAUGCACGCGACAAGUGAAGAAUGGCGGAGCGGCGCUUCCUGGAGUGGAACGGUUCUGUUUCCAGCAUACGAAAGAGCUUCUUGAUCCUAGUGGAUUUUACGCUCGACGGAAAGGCGCUGAAGGGUCAGAGUGGGUGGAUUUUGCAGAUUAUAUCCCUUCGUAUCUUGCUCCAGAUACGCAAGUGGCUCUACGCGUAGAGAUGGAAAAAGCGCGUUCUCAGUCCGAUGUUGAGGGGUACAUCUAUACCUUCGAGAUUCGGAACCCCGAUGAUAGCAAGACUAUUCAGCUCAAAGUCGGGACAUUGAAUGAGUGGGGCAAGCAGUGUGGUUCGAAGGAGCAGGUUCUCAGAGGUUUCUAUCCUGGCUCUGUCGGGGAUGGCGGAGAUGAGACUUCGCUGAUGAAAGGACGCGUAAUUUUGCCGGAGGGCGGGAACGAGGAUGUGUGGUGUCACCGGCUGGAACGGUUGAUACACCUGGAAUUGGCGGACCUAGCAGUGAAUGCGGCCUACCUCCAGCCGGGCUGGAAGCCGUUUUCGAAAGGGAAAGGGAAGGGUCCGGCCCAAUCUAAGGCGGUAUUCCCCACCGAAUCGCCUUCUGUUUCCUCUCCGAAGAGGAGAAAUGGUCGAGGUGGAAGGGUGGGUAAUGGUAAUGGUGGGCAGGGCCAGCCGUGUAAGGAUUGUGGGACCAUUCAUAAAGAGAUCUUCGAGUUUCAGCGUAUUACGUCGGGUCCCUACACGGGGAGAGAGUGGGAUGGCAUUGUGAAGAAAGUUAUAGAAGAGUGGGGAGUGUUUGUGCGAACGUACGUGUAAGCGAUGGACUCGUUUUUUAUCCUGCAUUUGUUCUGUUAUCAUGUACAUGCUUUGUUUGCAAUCUCUGUUGCUGUAGCCUCAUGUAUUUAUUAUUUGUAUCAUUGCUGAGCAGAAUGGAAUCAUUUCUAUGGCA